GAACUGGGGCAGGCACGUGGAGCAGAUAAUGCCAGGUGGCGUGUCUCUAGAAUCAAGUCCCAGCAGCGUGAGGUGUGCCCACUGUGGGAUUCAAAGAGGGAAGACCCAGAAGAAAUGAGAGAAGGGCACCCGCUAUGGGGUGGAAGAUUUCAGGAUGGUGUCAGACAACAAGGAAGGGGUCACAUGUGUGCCAGGGUGGGACCAGGAGAACUGUGUCCACCCAAGCUAGGGAUACAGAGGAACAAGGUCAAAGGCCCACAGUGAAGGAACUGGUCCUGGGGCUCAAACAGAACAGACGGUACAACAAAAGCAAGAGGAGCCCAGAGUUUGGAUCAUCUCAAACGCUGUCAUGGGAGAGCUAUUCCGAAGGGCAUUUCCAAGCCCUUUUCCUGGUCCUCAAACCCACAGUCCUCCACCGUCCCCAGCUUCCCGGCAAGGCUGCUUCGACGGUCCCCAUUCACCGACCCCAGCCCCCUCUCUGGGCUGAAAGGUGACAACGACGAAUAGGAGGGCGACUCUCAUAUCAGCAAGGCUUGAGGUGACAUCACAUCCUCCGAACGAGAAACCGAGAAACCGGGCUCGGUGGCCGGCCGAAGGGCGCAACUUCCCCCGUCGACGUCCUACUAGCUCUUGCGCGCCUUCGGGCUUCGAGCUUCCAGCGGAGCCGCGCCGCGGGGAGCGCGCCAUGGCCUCGCUGGUGACCGCUCUGCUCCUGCCGCUGGUCCUGCAGCUCCAUCCCGCCAAGGUCCUCGGGUCGAGCUUGUUCCGGACGUCGCCGGAGAUGGUGCAGGCUAGCCUGGGAGAGACUGUGAAGCUCCGCUGCGAGGUGAUGCACUCCAACACACUGACAAGCUGUUCCUGGCUCUACCAGAAGCCGGGGGCUGCCUCCAAGCCCAUCUUCCUCAUGUACCUCUCCAAAACCCGGAAUAAGACAGCCGAGGGGCUGGACACUCGUUACAUCUCUGGUUACAAGGCCAAUGACAACUUCUACCUCAUCCUGCACCGCUUCCGCGAGGAGGACCAAGGCUACUAUUUCUGCUCGUUCCUGAGCAACUCGGUUUUGUAUUUCAGCAACUUCAUGUCCGUCUUCUUGCCAGCAAAGCCCACCAAGACGCCGACGACGCCACCACCCAAGCGGACUCCCACCAAAGCGUCGCACGCCGUGUCUGUGGCCCCAGAGGUGUGCCGGCCCUCGGGCAGCGCAGUAGACCCGAGGAAGUUGGACUUCGCCUGUGAUGUGUACAUCUGGGCGCCCCUGGCUGGGACCUCCGGCAUCCUUCUCCUGUCACUGGUCAUCACCGUCAUCUGCCACCGCCGGAACAGAAGACGUGUCUGCAAAUGUCCCAGGCCCAUGGUCAGACAGGGAGGCAAGGCCAGCCCUUCAGAGAGAUUCGUCUAACAUGGCAACAUGCCCCACGAAGCAGCCACUACAAGACCUCAAACUGAGACCUCUCCGGGCAGGAGAGCAAGGGUCCUUUCCUUUCCGUUUCCCCAGCCUUCCUUCCUUCCUUAAGUAUUCUUCUCAUUAUUAUUAUUUCCAUGGGGGUGGGGUGGGAAGGGUGACUUUUUCUUUAGGUGUUUACUUUAAUUGACACAAAACGAGACUCUAUCACGUCUUUGGUACACCGCAGGGGUUCGAACACCGUUGUGUUCACACACACGACGGUGAAGGGUGGGCAGGCCAGAGCUACCACAAGCUGUGUUCUCAGAACCAGGCUGUGAGAGCUGGUGGGGGGUGGGGAGGCCCUCGGCACCCACUCAGCCCAAACCUCUCCCCCUGCCCCCCAUUUUACAAAGGAGUGAGGCUGAGGCCCAGAGAUGGCUGGGGAGUGGCUGGAUCAGAGCCCCAGCAAGGCUCCAGGCUCAUCCUCCACAGCAUUUGGGCCUCUCUUCCAGGGGACUCUGUCUCAGCUGGGGAGCUGUGUCUCCCACCUCAAGGAAACAAGAUUUGCUUGGGCACCUGUGAUAGACUCUGCACUGUGCCCAGAGCUCCGGGGAGGCAAUGCAGUAAGUCAAGGGAACGUGACAGAGUUCUACGGUGCAGUUGAACAGGAUCAGAUAUAUUUUUUUUAAUAAUCCAGCAUGAAGUUAUAUAGAUAACAGGAAUUCCUCAAAUAGAGUGGAACGGCUGAACUGAAUCCUGGAAAGUGAACAACAUGACCUCUAAAGGAAAUCCAAUGCAAAAAAUCCCUAAGUGGAGACACAGUGGCUCUCCCAGAGGACCCAUGAAAGAGGGGAAGCCGCCCUUUGCAAAUAUGAUUUGAGCAUCGCGAAUGUCGAACGGAGGUCGGCCCUCUCUAAAUGUGAGAUCUGAUAUUUGAACGUGCUCCUCAGAUCAUUGAUGGUUUCUUAUGGUUUGUAAACGCAGAAUUAUGACCGAGUAGCUGGCCUCCCCUGGACCAGCAGCUGUGGAUAUGGGGCAGACUCUGAUGAGGAGGCUAGGAGCCCAGACUGCUGCCCUCUACGCGCAUUUCCUCUCUUAACCAUGUUGUACAAGAAAUGCGUGCUCGCUGGAAGAAAAAACUAAAUAAUAAGAAUCACCCAUAAUUCUUUACUUCUGGUAUAACUCAUUGUUAAUAUUAUGGUGUACAUUCUUCCUGAUUAUUUUCUAUGCACAUAUAUAAAAUGUAUACUUUUUAAAAAUGGAAUUGUACUAUGCUUUUAGAAGUAGUUUUAAUAAACAUUUCUGCUAUA